AUGGUGGGCGACUCAGAGUGGACUGCGAUCGACGCUACGCUCAUCCGGUGGUUCUUCACCACCAUCUCCAAUGACCCGUUUCACACGGUCGUGAGCGAUGGUGGUGACGCCCGCGCCGUGUGGGAUGAACAGUCCAUCGAUGACUACUGCCGCCGCCUGAAGACGUUGGCGCAUGAACUCCGUGACAUCGGCGCCAAGGUUGAUGACGACCUCCUCCUCAGCUCGCUCACCGCUGGCCUCAACAAGGACUUCACCAACGCCGCCGCCAACCUCACCUUGAUGCCGAAGCCCUCCUUCCCCAAGUUUGUGGAGUACUUGCGGUUGGAGGAGUGCCGGAUGAAGGGGUUUGUUGUUCUUGCUCCUUUUGAAGGAAUCACGAGCCGGUGCGACAUUGGAGAGUACCCACUUUGA